AUGGCGAACCAGAGCUCAACACUGUGCUUGCUCGGCUGUGGUAACUUGGGCGGGGCCAUUCUAGGGAGCUUGCUCAAAGAAGCCGAGCAGCCUUUGUUCACGCGGUAUAUCGCAACAGUUCGCAGCCCGCAGUCGGAGGAAAAGCUAUUGUCGCGAUUUAGUGCCGAGAAACAACGAUUGCAGAUUUCUCGAAGCAACAAUGUGAAAGCCGUUCAAGAAUCAGACGUGAUCAUCUUGGGUGUUGAUCCCGCCGAUAUCGAGAAAGUGCUGAAGCAGGACGGACUGCGAGAGGCGCUGACGAACAAGCUCCUGAUCAGCAUUGCGGCGGGUUGGACCCGACAGAAGCUCGAGGAGACCAUCUACGGCAGCGCGACAACAGAAAGAAACACUUCUGGCCGAGCAUGGGUGGUGCGAACUCUUCCCGACAUCGCAGCGCAAGUUUCGCAGUCCCUCACGGCGAUCGAGGUCUCUGCGCCCGCGGUUCCAGAGAGGUACCUUCAAAUCACGACAGCGAUUUUCGAAAGGAUCGGCCGCGCUGUUCAAAUUGAGCCGAGGCUCAUGAACGCGACUACGGCAGUCGGGGGCUCGACCCCUGCAUUCUUCGCCGUCAUCUGCGAUGCAUUAAUCGACGCGGCCGUGGCAGUCGGCGUUCCCCGAGAUCUGGCAGGCACUAUGAUAUUCCAGUCCAUGCAAGGUACAGCCACCAUGCUUCAGAGUGGUGUGCAUCCUUCUAUUCUUAGAGACCAGGGGACUUCGCCAGAGGGGUGUACCAUUGGCGGCUUGAUGGUUUUGGAAGAAGGGGCAGUUCGAGGCCACGUUGGACGAGCUCUUCGAGAAGCAGUGACGCUUGCUCGUUUGAUGGAGACUCAGUCGCAUGUGAAUGAUACAAGGCGAUAA